AUGGCUUUCGGUCAAUCAGACGGCAACGAGUUCUUCAUGUCCUGGGCACUGUGGCAGAAGAUGACUUUCGUCUUGGCCUGUGGAAUUGUGGUUACCAUCUUCCUUGGCUUCUGUAAGCUCUACUACGACCGCAGCAAGCUCCGCAAAUACACAAAGGUCGACAAGGGCAAAACGGCCGCCACGCCCGAGAUGCUAGAGUCGCAGCCCGUACAGCAGCUGCACGCAGAAGAGAUGAAGGACGACAUUCCAUUCGGUGUCCGCGCCAUCGAGAGCGGAAUCGAAGUCGACGGUGUCUGGAUCUCACGCUCCAACACACCGGUUGGUAGCAGCCGUGCAUCCAUCAUCUCCGAGAACCGGCUGCCUCGCAGCUUCAACAACUCUGCGCUCGAGCUUCCUCACAUGUCGUACGCCUCGAGCCGUGGCAGUUCUGCAGCACCCAGCUCCUUCGACCGUGCCGUUUCUGCCGAAAGGCUUCCUACCAACGACUCGCGCUCUGCGUCGCCACCCGACCACGUGUACAACAAUCGUCCUGACCCUUCGUCCGCGCGCUACAGCCAGUCCAACCUUGCUCGCAACUCUACCACUAUGCCGAACCUUGAACAGGCCCGCUCGGGACCUCCUUCUCCACACAACGCCCAAUCCGGAGAGUCCAGCGGCUCCUCCAAGAAGUCCAGCCGCCGCACCAGCGACGAGUCCGACUACAUGGCCAUCUCGCAAGACGUCCGUGCAUACGAGACAGCACACAUUAGGCCCGCUUCCGGCGCAAGCCCAAUCGACCCCCGCACUGACCUCGAUCUUCUCCAGAGCCAUCGUAUGUCUCACGUCGCCGAGACCGGACAGCUUACUCCACGAGUCCGCAAACCAGGUAGCAGCGGCGAGUGGGCCAGCGUGGCGGACAACCAGGUUGCUACGCACAACGGCGUCAGCUACUUCAUGCCCCAGAAGACACCCUCUCCUCCUCUGCCUCCCCUCGUUGACCCGAAAGAGGAAGCCGCCGGCUACGCGUCCAGUCACGCCCUAGAUUCGCAACCUCAGUACCAGUACCAGUACCAGGAUCAGACUAGCCACGGUGUCCCACUUCAGGAGUCGUAUGCACCAAACGCGCCCUACUACCCUGACACAUACCAAGUCCGCGGGCCCCAGCACCAGCCGUCCUAUGAUGAGGUUCCUUAUGAAGUUCAGACAAUGCAGAACAACCAGCGUCCUGAAUCUCAGGUCCUACGCAGCGUCAACUCUGGCUUUCAAGUGCUGAAGCCAGGCACAUUCGCUACACCAUCGCCCGAAGAAGUGGAGAUGACAGACAGGAGUGAGAGGAGACAAUCCACAGGAAAGAAGCUACAAAAGAAGCGUCGCUCGUCUGGGGAGUCCAGGAAGUCUGCCUUCACUGAGCAGGUCUAA